CCAAAAAAAACCUUUGCUUGUAAAAAUAAUUAAAUUAAAUAGCUGAUUCUAAAUUUACUAUUCGACAACUUGAUGAAGAAAAAGUUUGUUUAAUUAUUAAUAUUCCCGCUUUAUUUUGUUAUAGCAUUUACAUAAAAUCUUCAAUAUAAUGCUUGUGGAAUACCUGGAUGUAUAAAUUGUUAAUAGAAUAUAAAUGUAUGUUUACUCUGCGAUAAUAACCUAACAUAUAAUAGGUCUAUUUAAUUAUGUGAAAGAAGACAAGACUAAUUACCAUCUACAUAUUUUGAUUUGUCUUCUACUAAUAAUAAUUUAUCAUAUUGUCAUCCAUCCUGCAAAUCUUGCAGCGGAAGCUCACCAUCUAAUUGCCUGGAAUGUUGGGAUGGAUAUAGACCAGUAGUUGAUGCUGAAAAUUAAUUUAUACAAUGUGUCGGUUGUGGUAUAAAUAACUGCUUAAGGUGCAAUAAAUAAAAUAUAUGCUUGAAGUGUUAAUUUGGGUAUUUUCUGGAUGCUCAAUCUAACUCUUGCAGAAAAUGUCAAGUUUAAGGUUGCUUAGAUUGUUCAUUAAAUGCUUAAAGUUGUAAUAAAUGUAUAGCACCUUUAGUUUUUAACCUGGCUAAUAAAGCGUGCUAAAAUAGUAACAGUAUUUGUUCUAAUGGAUAUUAAUCAACGACAGGAUGUAAUUAGUGUCACAGAGCAUGUAAAUCUUGUUUUGAUUCAGGUGAGUUUUCAUGCUAUGAGUGUAAUUAAGGAUAUUUUUUUAAUCUUAAAAAUUAAUGUAUCUCCUGCAAUUCUAAUUGCUAAUCUUGCUCUGAAUUUCCUCAAAACUGCAAAUCAUGUAGUAAAAAUUUUUACUUGUUAGGAAACAGAUGCGUUAGCCAAUGUGGAAAAGGAUUUUAUGCUGAAGAUUAAAUAUGCAAGCCGUGUCCUCCUUAAUGCGCUGAAUGUCUAAACUAAACUUACUGCACUAGUUGUUUAGAUAAUUCUUAGUAUAAACUUCUUUCAAAAAGUUGUGUCUUGCGAUGCACCGAAUCAUAAUAUGUCUAGAUGACACUAGCUGAUCAGCAAAAUUGGCUAAAUAUGUAGUAUAGCCAGAUAAAUGUAAGCAAUCUUACUUGUAAUUAAUGCAGCUCUACUUGUAAAACUUGUAUUCUAUAAUCAAAUAGAUGCACUAGCUGUUAAUAAGGGUAUAUCCUUUUCUAAAAUAAAUGCCUAAGAAAUUGUCCUGCACAAUAUUAUUAAUCAAUUGGAGAAAAUCAAUAACCUAUUUGUUAGAAAUGCCCAUAUCCUUGUAUUGAAUGUACUUCAUCAAAUUUCUGUCUAAGUUGCCAAAGUGGGUUUUCACUCUGGCAAAAUGGUGUUUGUGGUUAUGACUAUUAAGUAGUAGGAUAGUGCUCUAUGGAUUAAUAUUAAUUUUAAUAAAUUUGCUUUGAUUAAUGUCCUUAGGGGUCUUUAGUAAUAGGAAGAAGAUGCUUAUGCUAAAAUGGCUGCAGCUCAUGCACUUACACUUAAAUUUCAAAUUCAAUUAGUUGUACUUAGUGCCUAUUUGCAAGGUACUACACUUACUAAGAAUAAUGCGUGGAAAUAUGUCCUCCCUUAACUUUUGUUUAAGAAUCUCCUUCCAAAGCUUGUACUAACUUUUGUAGUGGGACUUAAGUUAGGCAAAUUUUGUUGAAAGGUAGGUUUUGCUCUGACAGCUGUGACUAAGGUACAACUAAUACAUAAGGAGUAUGCAAUAGCGUUUAAUGUGAUAAAGGUCAGUAUUUUGAUAAUGCUAAAUAUCAAAAUCAGCUAAAAAUAACACAAAAUAUUAAAAAUUUAUUGCAAUUUUGCAUGCCUUGUCACCCUGCUUGUUUAACAUGUACUGGACCUUCUUAAUAUGAGUGUAUAACUUGUAAACAAUAAAUUUUCGUGGCUCCUGGACCGUUAGUAAUGUGUCCCUUAAACUGCUCAGAUAAGACUUAAUCUAUAUUGAUUUAAGCUUUGCCUAACAGCAGUACUAAGUAAAUUAUUUGUGUUCAGUGCUAGAAAGGAUAUGGUCCUUAAAAUGUAACAAAUUUUAACAAUAUAUUAUAAACGACUUGUGUUUAAAGUAUCUAAUGUUUGAAGGAUUAAGCAAAAAUAUUAGUUUAAAAUAGCUAGGGUAGCUAUGAAUAUGUUUGCAAACAGCAAAUUGCAUGCCCUACUUAUACACAGCAAAAUUACGAUACUGGUUAAUGUGAUUUAAUCUCAAAACUAUUUACAUUUUAAUUAGAUAAUAACAAACAAAUUUUAUAAAAAUAUACCGUUUAAGACUCUCUUAAUUAUUAGUUUAAAAGUAAUAUAAAUACACUAAUCUUAAUCAAUUCUAUAUACCUGAAUGACAACAAAAUAUGCUGCGACUAAACAGUAUCAACUACUGAUUUUAAUAGCUAAAUUUUACCCUCAAAUUAUCCAAGUAUUUAGUACAACAAUUAACUUUCCUUCAAUUUACAGAUAGGAAAGAUGAAUUUCGUUUCAGUUUAUAAUUUUUAAACUCUUCAGAUAAUAAACGGAACAUUCAACAUAAGUCCAUAGAGUGGAUUGGCAGGUGUUGAUAAUUUUACAGUUACAGUAAAUGAUUUUCUAAUAGAUGGUCUCUAAUUCUAAGACUACACUCUAAAAUACUAGAUAUUUAUGCAAUAUUUUGAGAAUGACUGUUUAAAUUACCAAAAUUUUACACUAUUUUUGAUAGAUUAAAAUUAUUUAUAACAAAAUUAAAAUCCCAUAUCUCUUCAAUUUCAAUUUUAAUUUCCAUACAUUUAAUGUGGUUAGUUAACAAGAGUGUAUUUAAAAGUAUUUAAUGAUCUUGUUUCUACAACAACCUAUGUAGACAUUAAUUUAGAAUAGCAACAAUAAUAACCAUUUUAAAUUUCACCAAUAUUAAAUUAUACUAUUAACUCUCUUAAAAUUCCCUAAGACACCUCAUAGUAGCAGUGGAUUGGUGUUAUAUUUGUAUAGAAGCUUAUUUUAAAUAAUAUAAUUUAACCAGUAGAUUUAGUUUCAACAAACACUUAAAAUUUAAAUCUGCUAAAGAUUUUGUCAAAUACGCCUUACUUUUAAAUGAACUGUUAAAAUGCUUGCACUUCUAAUGGAUUCUGUAUUCAGGAUACUAAAUCAUAUUUUUAACGUUGCAAUUGCAAUUAAGGUUUUCAGGGAGAAUCUUGCUAAUGGAGAUAAUAAGAUUUAGAAUAUCUAUCAACCUAAUUUGAUAAUAUAUUAGGAAAUUAUGUUUCUGAAUUUUAUUUAAUUAUUUAAAGUUAAGUUUUUGAUUCAAACAGAUUUAUUACAGCCUUAAACACAUUAAAUUACAUCGCCAGCUUUAGAGAUUACUUUGACUAAAUUAGAUUAUAAAAUUUUAUAUAAAUUAUGAAUGGCACUGAUAUCUAUCAAUGUUUAUCCAUCUAUAAAACCUAAGCAAGCUUUAAUUAGUUAAUUAGUGCAAGUGAAACACUUCUAAACAUUUUUGAUAAAGUAUUUGAUUUAUUUAAAAAAUUAAGAAUCUAAAAUUAAAAUAUUUCUGAAUAAAUUAUAUCUAAUGUAUAAAAUGUCUUAUUAUAUAUAAGAUAAAGCUUAAGUCUUAAAGAUUAAAAUUAUUAAUAUCAGUUUGCUUAAACUAGCAUAACUGCAUCAAUUUAUUUACUAGGGAAUAAAUACUAAACACCACCAAUAAUUAUUACAAAAGACUAAUCAUAUCAAAUUUUACUCAGUGAUCCAUUUUUCAACUAACUGGGAGACUAAGAUAUCUCUAUUUAAGUUUUAGCUUUUCCUUUCAUUUAGGAAAUUUAAAUAUAGGAUCCUUCAAAAAUAACAAUACCUUCAUCAAAAAUAAUAGAUAUUGCGAUGUUUAAAAAAAUUGACAGCACUAGUCAGUAAAUAAAUAUAUCUUUUCCAAUGCAAAUAAAUAUUUCGAGUUAUGCAUACUUAUUUCAUAUUGGACCUGGGCAAGAUGGUUAAAUUUUUCUAACAGCUUGUGGAUAUAAUAAAUAGUCUAAAAAUUUUGAUAAUAAAUAUUAAAUAGACAAUAACUAAACUUCUGCUAGCAUGCAAAAUACUACUUGUUAGCCAAAAAAUUCUCAAAGAACUGCAAUUUUUUUUGGAAAUAAUUUUAAUACACCUAACAAUAAUAGUGGCGAUAACGAUAAAAAUAAGAAAGACGAUAAUAAUGAUGAUGAUAAUGAAAUCAGAUAACCUAAACUUAUAUUAACCUUAAUUAACUCGCUGGUAAUUUUUGGAGUUAGCUUUAUUGUUUCUUGCAUUGUAUCAAAAGUAAAAUAACUUGAAGUAACUCAAAUGAGUGAUAGCUAAAUAUCUGGAUUAAAAGAAGAUGAUAAUAAUAAAAAGGCUGAUAUGAAAGAUUCACCAUCUCUUCCAGAAAAUCCUAUUAUUUAAGAAGGAGUUAAUGUUAUUGCAAUAGGUGAAAUUCUAGAAGAAAAUAAAAUUUAAAGAAAGGGAAAAAGUAAAAUAAUUAAUUUACCUAUCAACUCAAUAGAAUUAUUUCGUAGGAGUAGUGUUAAUUAGCAAGAAGAAAGAAAAAUAGAAUAGGAUGAUUUUUCUUAAUUCUAAAAUUAAAAGAUUGAAAUUAUUUUAUCGCAAGAAAAUAUUAUGAGGUAGGUGGGUUAAAUUCCGCCUGAUUUUCGGUAACAAUCCUUUAUGAAUUUAAAUGUUAGCAAUAUGAUAUAAAAUUAAGAUAGAUAAUAGCAAAAAAGUGUAAGCAAAGAUAUAAAUAUCAUUUAGAUCGAGGAAUAAAAAGAAAAGUUUUCUGCUGAGAUUGAUAAUUUACCAAAGGGUAUACCAAUAGAAAGUCCAUAAAUAAAAGCAAAUAAAAUUGAAAGAGAUAAAAACACCAUGAAUAACCGUAUUGCUUUAUAUGAUUAUUUCUCGUUAAAAUCGUUUACUAAACACCUCCAAAAUACUCCUGCACAUAUAAGAGUAUUUGUUUUCUUCUCUUAGGUUGCUUUAAUUUAAUUCAUGGUAAUUUCUUUCCUUCUUAAAGUAAAUCUUCUUGAUUACUAAGACUAAAAAAAAUAAGAUUCUCAAUCUUUUGCUAUGACCCUGCUUUAUUCAAUAGCGUUAAAAAAUCUAAUUCAAUAUUUAUUUCCAAUAAUAUAUAAAUUGCUAUCAAAAAUUGAACUGUAUUUCAGAUAAACUAACUCUUUUUUCUAUAAAAACUUUGUUAAAGGCUUAUACAUUAAUAUUAUAAGUUUAGUUAUUGUAUUUGCAAUUCACAAAGCCGCUAACAAAUUAACUAAUUCUUAAGUCUCUAAUUUUGUUAUCAUUUAUUUCGUAGCAGUUAUAAUAGAUAUGGUUGUCUUAGAUUUAGUAGUCCUGUUCAUCUAAAAAUAAAUAAAAAAUAGCAAAUUAAUUGAGAACAGUUUAAUGUAUAAAAAUUAUAAUUUUAAACUUGAGGCAUGA